AUGCUAACUGCUCUGAUGGAGGAAGUACAGGACACCAUGAGGUUUGGAAGAAGAGCGUUUUUUCUUAGCAACUCGGUUGGUAUCUGGGUGUUAUUUGACAUAAGCAUCUCUUGAUCAACAGGUCCUUCGAUGGGUGAUCCUACGCUGAGGAGAAGAAUUGAACCCUGGGAAUUUGAAGUCCUCUUUGACCCCAGAGAACUCCGUAAAGAGGCCUGUCUCCUCUAUGAAAUCAAGUGGGGCACAAGCUGUAAGAUCUGGCGAAACUCUGGCAAAAACACCAGCAAUCAUGCUGAAGUUAAUUUUCUAGAAAAGUUUACUUCGGAAAGACACUUUUGCUCAUCCACCAGCUAUUCCAUCACCUGGUUCUUGUCCUGGAGUCCCUGCUGGGAGUGCUCCAGGGCUAUUCGAGAGUUUCUGAGUCAACACCCUCGUGUGACUCUGGUUAUCUAUGUAGCACGGCUCUUUUGGCACAUGGAACCACAAAACCGGCAGGGACUCAGGGACCUCAUUAACAGUGGCGUCACCAUCCAGAUUAUGAGAGACUCAGGUAAAAGCAAUAAACAAAUAAUACGAAUUGUUUGUGAAAGAACAUGGUGA